AUGCCCAAGAUGUUGGCCAACCUCCUGACCCAAGAUAAAUCCAUAUCGUAUGCUGGCUGCCUGGCCCAAAUGUUUUUUUUCCUUCUCUUUGUAGGUCUAGACCAUUUCCUCCUCGUCGGGAUGGCUUGUGAUCGCUAUGUGGCUAUAUGCCACCCCCUCCACUACACCACCAUCAUGAACCCACGCCUCUGUGCGCUCAUCGUUGCUGGGUCCAGGAGUGUCAGGAGCCUUGAUGCCCUGGUUCACACAUUAUUGGUGGUUCCGUUAUCUUUCUGUACAGACAAUGAAAUCCUUCACUUUUUCUGUGAGUUUAAUCGGGUCCUAAAGCUUUCCUGCACAGACACUUUGAUCAAUGAUGUAUUGCGGUAUGUGCUAACCAUUAUGUUGGGUAUUAUUCCCUUUUUGGGUAUCAUUUUCUCUUACACCCGCAUCAUAACCACCAUAAUAAGAGUCCCAUCUGCCAAAGGAAGAUAUAAAGCUUUCAACACCUGUUGCUCACAUCUAUCAGGGGUCUCCUUAUUCUAUGGCACUGGUUUAGGGGUCUACCUCAGCCCCGUAUCUACCCAAGCAUCACAGAAAGGCUCGAUAGCCUCUGUGAUGUACACGGUGGUCACCCCCAUCUGGGAUGGUUUUGAUGAGGGAUGUAAAGUCCUGCGGUAUAUGAAGGUGAAACACCUCGGUUGCCCCUGGCUCAUCAGCCCCAUAGGGAGGAGAGCAGAAGUGAGGAACCUCUAUUCUGGUUUCCUAGUCAUUAGUAAAGCAUCUUACAUCGCUAGUUUGCCUAAAUUCUGGCAAGUACUGGGAACACCUGGCUUUCUUGAGAACUUCGAGUCCCUGAUGUUACUACCUAAAAGUUUAACCAGUCAUAUUGCAACAGCCUUGCUUAGGAACUCUGAGCAGGGCAAUUCUUGCAGCAAAGAGGAGACCAAAAAAAGACAGAAGCCCCUGUACUCAGAGCCAGAGGCCAGCACAGACAUUCCAGCAGAUUCUCUGGCCCCAUGGUGA